ACACACACACACACACACACACACACGCACACACACGCUCUCUUUCUCUCUCUUAUACCAUGUCGGACACCUCCCCGACAGAAGACGCCCAUGCCCCCGCCACCCUCCCGCAAAUCCACACCUCUAUUCUCCGCCGGCUGUCGUCGACCCACACAGCCCACUCGCGCCUGACGCCCACUCUGGCGGCGGCUUCGGUGGCUGCUGCGGCUGCGAGUGGCGCCUUGGAUGCUGUCAGCUCGCCAGCCAUCACGUCAUCGCCGCUGGGUACUCCAGGUCUGGCAGAUGAUGGGCCCGGUCGCUGCGAACCGGCGUUUGCAUCACCGCUGCCGUCGCCGGUGCCGCAGCUGACCUCGCCAGGCGUCGACGUCCGCAUGCCGACCACGCCGCCAACCACGCCGAUGCCCACACCGCUAGCGGGUGGGGCGACGGCAUCGCAGACGGUGCACCUGCCGACCUUUCUCCGCACGCUCUCGGCGACAGGGCUCUCGCUCUCGGACGCGCGGGUCCACGAGGCCGUGAGCGUGUGCAUGGACCACCUCGCGGCCGGCUACGAGGAGAUGGAUCUGGCCGUCUUCCGGCGAUCCGUCGCACCCAACUCGCUGGCCUUUGCUGGCGAGGUGGGCGAUCUGUUCGAGUCGGCCGGGAGCAACGAGUCUGGAGCGGUGGCGACAUACAUCCCGCAGCUCGCCAAAGUCGACCGCAAGCAGUGGGGCAUCGGCGUGUGCACCAUUGACGGGCAGCGGCUUGCGCUGGGCGACGCCGACGUCCCGUUUUCUAUCCAGUCAUGCACCAAGCCGGUGACGUACUGCAUGGCGCUUGAGGCGUAUGGCCGCGAAAAGGUUCACCAGCACGUCGGCAUGGAGCCAUCCGGCCGCAACUUUAACGAGCUCGCCCUCGACUCGUCAGGCCGCCCGCACAAUCCGCUCAUCAACUCGGGUGCCAUCAUGUGCUGCUCGAUGGUUGCGCCGUCCAAGCCGCUCUCGCAGCGGUUUGCUCUCGUCAUGCAGACGUGGAAGCGGCUGCUGGGCGGCACCGACCUCGACGCCGCGCUCGACCUCUACUUUCAGAUCUGCUCGAUGAUGGCCUCGGCGUCGAUGCUCUCGAUCUUGGCUGCCACGCUCGCCAAUGCGGGCGUCUGCCCCAUCACCAACGAGGUUGUCUUCUCGCCCGAGACCGUCGAACACUGCCUCUCUAUCAUGUUGACCUGUGGCAUGUACGACUACUCGGGCGAGUUUGCCUACCGGGUUGGCCUCCCGGCCAAGUCGGGCGUCGGCGGCGGCAUUUUGCUGGUGGUCCCGGGCGUCAUGGGCAUCUGCACCUGGUCACCCUCUCUUGACGUGUACGGCAACUCGGCGCGCGGUCUCGAGUUCUGUGAGACCUUUGCCGCUCGGUUCCGCCUCCAUCCCUUCCACCGCUUUGCCGACGACAGCGGGGCCAACGUCGAGCGCCUCGGCGCACAGCUGAUCAAGUCCAAGGCCGUCUCGCUCUCGGUCCACCUGGCCUCUUUUCUCUUCGCUGCUCGCGACGGCGCAGUCCGCGAGCUUCAGCGGCUGCUUGCGCUCGGCUUUCCAGUCAACGCCACCAACUACGACUCGCGGUCGGCGCUGCAUCUUGCAGCCUCCGAGGGCCACAGCCACGCUGUCUCGUUUCUUGUGGCGCAGCCGGGCAUUGAGCUCGAGCCGCGCGACCGGUGGGGGCGGACUCCGCUCGACUGCGCCCGGCUUGCUGGUCACCUCGACGCCAUGAUCCUCCUGCGGGCGGCGGGAGCGUCAGACGAUGGUCCGCCGCUUGCCUCGGCCGGCGAGAGUGACCCGCAGGCCUCGUUUGACAUUCUGCCUGGUGACGAUCGGCCGGAACUCAGCCUUGACGUUGACCCGAUGGAACUGUACUUUCAUCUGCCGCGGCGUGAGCGGGCGGCGCACCUCGCGCAUGUGGUCGACGACGACGCGUCGGGCGUAGUCCACCUCCGCUCGAUCGUCUCGCUGUUCAAGGAGAUGGGCGUCCGCGCGUCGGACCUUCGGCUCAGAACGCUCAUGUCGCACCUUGCGCUCCCGUCGAGCAAGGCACCGCAAAGCUCGCCGCGGACGGCAGUGGCAGCAGUGGGUGGUGCUGGGCCCGAUGAGGUCGAGGCGGUCAUGGUCGAGGUCGGUCUUGAGUUUGACGACGACGCAGGCGGCGACCUCAAGCCCUCGAUCUCGCAUGCAUCGAUAGCAGCCGAGGCGCCGCACUCGUGGGUCGGACACUCGUCGUCAAUUGUGACGUUCUCGACUCUUGAGGCCGAGCUACUUUUGCAGCAGGCGCGCUCGACGAACAAAACAUAUGGCGGGUUGGAGCGGGUCGACUCGCUCAACGACUCGUCAGCGUCGAUGCUGCUGAGUACGACAACGCGGUCGUUUCCUGCGGCAUCCGGGCUAGAGGCGGUCGAGAUGACACUCGACGAGUUUGCCAAGCGGUGCGCUCGGCUCGACGAGUACCAUUUUGCCUUUUUGGAGGCUACAGUUCAGUCCCGGAUGGCUGUCCCGUCGUGGUCGUCGUUCUCCGCGCGGAUGACCGAGGCGUUUAUCAAAGUCUCGCGCAUUCCGGCGCUCCACCGCGGCGCGUCGGUUGCAUCGUACAUUCCGCUGCUCGCGCAGCAAAACGCCGAAGCGUGGGGCCUGGGCGUGUGCACGGUCCACGGCCAGCGGCUGGCAAUGGGCGACCUCCCGCCUGUCUCGCUGCAGGCGGUCACCGCGCCGAUCUCGUACUGCCACGCCGUGGACAAGUACGGCGAGGAUGCGGUGCACAAGGUGGUCGACCGCGAGCCGUCGGGUGAGGCCUUUAACGCGCUCCUCCUCAACCACCGCGGCGUGCCGCACAACCCGCUGGUCAAUGCCGGCCAUCUCGCAGUCCUCGCCCUCAUCCUCGCCGAGCAGUCCAAGGGUCGCGGCCAGGCCUCGUCGCCGUCCGAGGACGCAGAGCGGUUCUCGUACUUUGAGGAGCUCUGGUCGCACGCCGCCGGCAACGUGGCGCCGACGUUCAACAACGCUAUGUACCUGUCGGAGCAGGAGACCGCCGACCGCAACUACUCGCUGGCAUACAUGCUGCGAUCCAAGGGCUUGCUCGAGAACACGCCCGGCUCGGUCCGACGAACGCUCGACCUCUACUUUCAGCUCUCGUCACUCGAGCUCACGCCUGACGAGCUGGCGGUUGUGGCGGGGACGCUCGCCAACGGUGGCGUGUGCCCCACGACACAGGAGCGGGUCUUCUCGGCCGAUGCCGUGCGGGCGUGCCUCUCGGUCAUGUUCUCAUCCGGUGUGUUCAACUCGUCAGGUGAGUUUGCGUACGACAUCGGCGUCCCGGUCAUCGCCUCGGUCUCGGGCCUCAUCAUGGUGGUGGUGCCCGGCGUGAUGGGCAUGGUCACCUUUGCGCCGCCGCUGCUGGAGAACACGUUCUCCAUGCGUGGCUACGCCUUUCUGCACAACCUCGUCAGACAGCAGUUUUCGCUCCAUGCGUACGCUACCUCGCACCAGCUCUCGAACCACGACGAUGCCAAGGCUCACGCGGCCGAGGCCGUCGACGUCGUCAAGAUCGACGUGACCCAGCUCCAGUCGGAGCGCGAGCAUGAGGCCGUGUCUGCCGUCCUUGUCGCCGCUGCCCUUGGCGACCUCCGCGAGCUGCGGCGGCUCAAGGCGCUCGGCGUGACCUUUGGCUGCUCCGACUACGACGGCCGCACCGCGCUCCACCUUGCUGCGUGCGAAGGCCACGAUGGCGUCGUCGAGUUUCUCCUCGACGAGGGAGAGCGCCCGGUCUUUCGCGAUCGCUGGGGCCACACCGCAGUUGACGACGCCCGCGACGUCGGCGGCGCCGUCUGGUUCCUUCUCCGCCCGUUCGAGGCCAUGGCCGAGUCCGCACCUGCCCACAGCGAGGCCAACACCCAGAUGCGCUACAGCCGCGGCGCUCCCAAGUCCGGCACCAGCGCCGCGCCCGCUGCCAGCCUCGACUCGGACUCGUUCGCCAACUCGCCAUCGGAUCCUGAUCUGGCCGCUGGUCAAUCCGACAUUGUUGUCCUGUAACCCACUUGCUGCGGGCAAAGCCGUGAUACGCCUCGGCCAACUUGACUCCAAAGCGCCAUGUCGGCCGCGCCUCGGAGCGGCACUCCGGGCAGACGGGGCAGCGGCAGACGACUUGAAGUACCACACAGCCACA